UUUCUUUUUUUUGCAAUGUUUAUCUGAUUUUUUUGCUAGUUAUCUGAUAAAACUCUAAUAUAAUAUACAGACAUAUUAAGUUGACAACGCUUUAAAAAAUUAAGCCUUUUUCGUUUAGUCCCGCUUAUGCUGGUUAAUGAGGUGGUUAAUUAAAAGUUUGGCUGCCAGAUAAAACAAUGUCAUGUUGACAUUUAGUGCUGAAAAUCAAAUUGUUUGUAAUAAAACAUUUAGACCAUUUUCACGUUGUUACAACGUGUUUUAAUUAAUUUAUUUAAAGCAAAUUUGGAGAGUAAAAUGAUACCGAAAACAAAGAAGAAAAAAUGCAUCUGUGACACUAAAAAUAUUUUAAAGAAAAUAACUGGUACCCCUGCGCCUUUGGAUAAAAGAGAAAUUAAUGAAAUAAGAUUGAAUUUGUUUACGGAGAGAAACUCUGACGGCACGGGCAGUUUGGUAUUGAGAGGGAAUGACAUUUUUCAAAGAUACAACAGAAGGAUCACAGACUUUGAUAUAUGCGCCAUCUGCCGUUACAUUCGCGAACUAAAACUUAGAGUGACCAAAAUCGACUUGUGCUAUAACAAAAUUACAGAUGUCGGCUUUUUUAAGCUGUUAAAAAAAGUACUCGUGAAAGGAAGAUCUAGUGUUUUGGAUCUUAAUAUUAUGAACAACGAAUUGACUGACAAAUCUGUAUUACACUUAUCAAAAUACGCACAGUUUAUCAAGCUUAAAUAUUUGAGAUUGAACGGAAAUGAUAUUGGGACGAAAGGCGGUGAAUAUUUCGCGGAUUUCCUUGAAAACAAUACAAGCUUAGAACGAUGCGAUAUCGGCCAGUCGGGACAAACGUUGACUAGCGUUGCUUACAUAGUGACUGCAUUGAGAAUCGAUCACGGCGCCAAUCAAUAUUUGAAAGUUCUCGACUUGAGUAGAGUAGUGCCGCUGUUCAAUCGAUACCAGUACGAGACGAAGUGGCUAGCGUACCAUAUCGAAUACUUACUAGAAAGAAACAACACAAUUAUAGAAUUGCAUCUUCAGAACAAUGAAUUUAUUGGUCACGAUAUUGAAUACAUUUUGAGAGGGUUGAGAAAAAAUAAAACUUUACUGUACUUGGAUUUGGGUUACAAUAAAAUUAGGGAUUACGGAAUAGAAUUAAUCGCUGAAUACUUUAAAGAAAAACCUGAGUUAGUGCUGUUGAAUGUCGCAGGGAAUAACAUUGGAGACGCCGGUGCACGAGCACUGAGCUUCGGGCUGCCGUUCUCAAAAAUACGCGCUUUAGACGUUUCGAAAAACAAAUUAAACGCUAAAGGAGUUUUGUAUUUAUUGAAUACAAUAAAAAAACCAGUGUAUUUGAGGUUUCUUAAUUUAUUUGGAAAUAAUUUUGAUCAAACAACGUGUGAUGUUAUCAGUAGAAUGUUGUUGAGCGGGGUGCUCUUUCAGCACACGAUUGAUGUUAGAAUUUAUGAAUCAGGCGGGAGAUUACACGCAGCUUAUUACCCUAACCCAGCAGAUAGGAAUAAACAUUUAUAUUACUGUGAAUUAGACUAUGGUUGCUACCAACCUAUUUGUAAAAUAGUUAGGAAAAAAAUUGAAGAGAAGAAAAGAGUAAAAGUCGAUUGUCAACAACGACAUAAGCUUGAUAAAACAAAUGCAUUUGAUUUCUAAUUAUUAUUUUUUUUCUGAGCACAUAUUGUAUUAUUGUAAUAUUAAGUUUGUUUAUCGUUUAUGCAUGUAUGUUUGUUUUGUAUGACUUUUGUUGAGAAAAUAAAUUAUUUUUAUUCUUUCAUAA